AUGCCGAGGUCACUUCAACCACCAGCGCCCUCAGAAUCAUCAUACCUAGAACCAGACGACCUGGGAGGUCACACCGUCAUGGCCGAAAUGCCAGUAACCCUUAUUCGACCCCCUAAGAGAAAGCAACAAACUCCGCAGGCGGCCAUUGACGAGUUCUGGAGCAAGUUCACGACCAAAGCCCCUGGCAAAGCUACGACCGUCAUCCCGCAAAACGAAUACGCCGAAAAAGCCGCAAGACGAUCGACCAAAGCCGUCGGCACGACCACGCAAGCGUCAUACGAGGAGGCCGCCGCCGUCUGCGCAGCCAAGGUGGCAAAAAUCGUCAAGGAGUGCCGGCGCGUCAACCAGAAGUACCGGGACCCGCACUUCGACCUCGAGUUCGACCUGAAAUGGGGGUCGCGCGACACGCUGCAGACGCUCUGCAACGCGCGCUCCCCCAAAGCCCCGGCCGCGUCCACGGCCAAGUUCAAGCCCAAGAGCGUCAAGCGCGUGAUCGACAUCUUCGACGCACCCAAGUUCUACAUCGAUGGCCCGACGGCGAACGACGUGCGCCAGGGCCGCGACGGCGACUGCUGGCUGCUCGCCGCGCUGUGCACCCUGAGCAACAAACUUAGCCUGAUUGAGAGGGUGUGCGUAGCCCGCGACGAGCAGGUCGGCGUCUACGGCUUCGUCUUCCACCGCGACGGCGAGUGGAUCUCCGAGAUCAUCGACGACAAGCUGUUCCUGACCAAGCCGGACUUCGACGAGAGCUACCUCGAGCGCAUGCUCUGGGAGGACCGCGAGAGGAUCAACUCCGAGGAGCAGUAUCGGCAGGCCUACCAGAGCGGCUCCGGGGCGCUGUACUUCGCGCAGUGCGAGCAUGCCAACGAGACGUGGCUGCCGUUGCUGGAGAAGGCGUAUGCCAAGGCCCACGGCGACUACGCGGCCAUUGAAGGUGGCUUCACCGGCGAGGGCAUCGAGGACCUUACCGGCGGGGUUACGACCGAGCUCUACGCGACGGACAUACUGGACAAGGAGUAUUUCUGGAAGGAGGAGCUCAUGAAAGUGAAUGAUGAAUUCCUCUUUGGAUGCUCGACCGGCAUGUGGGGCAUCGGCUGGGGCGACCGCAAAGGCAUUGUCGAAUUGCACGCCUAUUCCGUCAUGCGAGCGAUUGAGAUGGACGGGCAGCGCCUCGUCCUCCUGAAGAACCCGUGGGGCAAGGGAGAAUGGAAGGGCGCCUGGUCCGACGGCUCCAAGGAAUGGACCGCAGAGUGGCUGGUCAAGCUGAACCACCGCUUCGGCGACGACGGCAACUUCUGGAUCUCGUACGACGACCUGCUGCGCAAAUACCAAGCCUUCGAUCGCACGCGCCUCUUCGGGCCGGAGUGGAAGGUCACAUCCUUAUGGACGACGCUGUCGGUCCCCUGGACGCUCGAUUACCACGACACCUACUUCACGUUCUCGCUGGCCAAGACGGGGCCCGUGGUCCUGGUCCUGUCGCAGCUGGACGACCGGUACUACCGCGGUUUGGAGGGCCAGUACCGGUUCGAGCUGAACUUCCGCCUGCACAGGAACGGACAGGAGGACUACGUGGUGCGCAGCAUCAACCCGUACUGCCAGAACCGCUCCGUCAACGUCGAACUAGAACUAGAAGAAGGCGAAUACACGGUCCUGCUCAAGGUCAACGCGACACGGGAUCUGGACAUCUUGCCGAUAGAAGAGGUGAUACGCAACCACGCCCGAGACCGCAGAGACAAGCUAAUAGCCGUCGGGAUGUCGUACGACCUGGCCCAUUCCAAAGGUGUGGUGAUCGAGUCGCCGGAGGAGAAGAAGGCCAAGAGGGAUGCCGAGAAGCGCAGAAAGGACAAGGAACGCGCUGACCUGAGGAAGAAAAUCAUGGAUGGGCGACGCACAACCCACUAUCUCGACGUCAAGGACCAGACCAAGAGAUUAGAGAAGCGGGCGAAAGCCAAGGCUAAGGCAAAAGCCAAGAAAGCCGCAAAGGCUGGGAAGGCCAAGGCGGCAAAGGAGGCCAAGCAGAAAUCCACGGUUGCCGCCGCAGCACAGAACGAGCCCCCCUUGCUGGAAGCUGCAAAGGAGAAGCAUGUCAAGAUCCUUCCACCGAGUCCUACUCCCGGGCCGGAUGACUCGAAGAAAGAUCUGGUAUCAGACUCGUCGAGCACCGAGCAGAGCGUGAAGACGCCCCCAACGGAGUCCGAGAAGUCUGCCGAAGAAGCAUCGCCCACGUCAAGGGAGCAGCAGCUUCCUAGCAGCGAGACGGCGUCGGAUGGAAUGUCAAGUACGGACGCUGUCGCAGGGAGUUCCACUGGUAGUGCAUCAGCUGCUCUUUCCGCCCUCUUGUCCGCUGCCUCUGCCAUCGCCAAGAAGUUGGAAGAAGCGCGCUCAGAGUCUGAUACUGUCGGCGACGCCGCUGGCACGUCCGACAACAAAGAUUACACGGACAUCAGAUCGAGUGUAGUAGUUCCCAGUGCAGAGAGUCCAAAGGGUGGCAAGGCCCAGAUACGCCAAGGUGGUGCAGAAGACGAGGAUAAAGAUAAAGAUAAAGACGAUGACGAUGAUGACGAUACCGACGGCGAGGAUAAAGAUACAGAUGAUGACGAUGAUGACGAAGAUACCUCUGACGCCGAAUCCGACAUCUCCUCCAUAUCAGAAAUCAGCUCCCGAGCCCUGGACCUAGAACUCGAGCGCCGCGCCGCCGCCCCGUGCCCGCCGCCCCCUCCGGUGCCCAAGGAGCCGCCCGAGGAGGAAGACGAGUUCGAGAGCAACCCGUGGAACGCCGUGGCGACGGUCGGCCUGCGCGUCUACUACCGGGUCCCGGAGGAGGACAAGAUCAGGGAUAUCGUGAAGCUGCGCGUCGUCAGGCCGAACCCCUAUGCCGCCGCCAAGAAAACCACUGAGCAGGACAAGGAUGCUGAUGGGCAUGGGGAUGAGAAGGAUAGUGGCGAGGGCGAGGGUGAUGAUGAUGGCGUGCCCAAGUCUUCGACUUCGAAGGGGCUCGAUGUUGAUGAUAGCUCCAAGGAUGCCACGCUUGAGGGCGAUCAGGAACAGAGGAAGAAGAGCAUCCUGUCGCUGCUCCCCGCUGAGUGA